AUGUCAUCUCUUUCUCUCAAACCGCUAUCCAUUCCUACAUUCAUCUCCGAUAACCCAAACAUUAAAACCUUCAAAUUCCAACGGAACAUUCCACCGCCCUGUAAAUCACACUGCCAAACCGAAAGGGGCCACCAAUUCGAUGUCGGCGACACCUUCUUCCGCAGUGAAAGCGCCACCGCCCGUGACCUCGGUGUUCUCUCCGCCGCCCUCUACCGGAAUACCACCGGAAGUCUCCGGGUUCUCGACGCCAUGUGCGGAUGUGGUAUUCGUUCUCUUCGUUACUUAGCUGAGGCCAACGCGGAUUUCGUCGUGGCGAAUGAUGCUAAUGAAAAUACCAGGGAGAUUAUUUUGGGGAAUCUGUCUCGGGUAGCAAGUGGUUCUGGAGAAGAAAAAAGAUGGGAGGUUAAUCAUUUGCCUGCCACUAGAUUACUGGCUGAGUGUUACUUGCGAAAGGAUUAUUUUGACCUUAUUGAUGUGGAUUCUUUCGGUAGCGGUUCCAGUUACUUGCGAGUUGCUUUGGAUGCUGUGAAAUUGGGUGGCCUGCUAUACAUUACCUCCACUGAUGGGCUUUCUUCUGGUGGUCAUAGGCCUCAACAGUCCUUAGCUGCCUAUGGAGCAUAUGUUCGGCCUUUGCCAUACUCAAAUGAGAUAGGUCUUCGGAUGCUUAUAGGUGGCGCUGUUAGAGAGGCUUCAGUGCUUGGUUAUCAUGUUGUUCCACUUUUCUCAUACUACUCAUAUCAUGGGCCCGUGUUUAGAGUGUUGCUACAAGUCAAGCGUGGAAAGUCUCUGUCUAGCAGGUAUUAUAGUUUUAUCAGCUAUUGCAACCGAUGUGGGAACACUCGAGCAUUUUCCUGGAAUGAACUUGGUGAGAUCAGCUGCCCUUGUAGUACAAAUGUUAAGCGGUCACUUGUAGUUUCAGGACCCCUCUGGACUGGGCCUCUUCACAAUUCUCCCCAUUUAACAGAAAUGAUGAGUUUGGCUGAUCAGUGGGGAUGGUUUGGUGAUGGAGAAGGAAAAAACCUAGAAAAGUUAUUGAAACAGAUGAUUGACGAGAGUGACCCCAAAUUGCCAGUUGGAUACCUCAAUGCAGAUGAGAUAGCAAGUCGGGCUAAACUUAACUUGCCUCCCCUAAGUGUGAUAAUGAACUGCCUGCACAAGGGAGGUUAUGCUGUUAGCAGAUCCCAUAUUGCCCCAAAUGCGAUUAAGACAGACUGCCCCAUGGUUGAAUGUGUGAAGAUUGUGAAGCAUCUCCAACAGCCUGCUGAAAUGAGUUCAUGCCACUAAAGUUCAUUGCUUCUGCAGUACAUCGAUGAAGGGGAUGGUCAUUACUGUUGCAAAAGGCUUUAAAAAAAUCAGUUUUCCAAAUGAACCACACAAAAUUCAGUUGUCACGAUUACAAGAUUUGCAUGCACUUGCGAAAUUUGGAUCCCAGUAUUAGUUUAACUGGGCAGAGCUAUGCUAAGUUUAGCUUAUCAUGUUUUUGGAAAUAUGUAACACUUCUAGUUGACAGUUGAGAACGGAUUUUGUUCUCUUGUUGAAUUUUUUUUUUUAUGAGUAUUAGCAUUGACAAACACAAGUGAGUGAAACGAAUAUGGACGAUUCACAUAGCCAAUGCAAACUAGAUU